AUGAGGCAAUAUGAGUUGAUUUGUGGCUUGUCGGUGCACCUGAGCAAGGAUGCCGAGAUUCGUUAUGAAGAGGAAGAUGGGUCUCUUUUGGUGCGUGCCAACUUGGCUAUUCUGGGCGAUUCCUUGUUUACAGCUCGAGGGCUCUGUCUCAGGGCCAAAUUGGUCGGGUCAGAGGUCCAUGAUUUGGUUGUCCACGUGGAAAAACUGGUUGUGGACCCGCUGGUCACUCGCAAUCAACUGCUGGAUUUCUUGGAGCGCUUUGGCUUACCCAAGGAAGAAAACGAGCAGCACGGAGAGGCCAGGGCUACCCGAAUGAGUCAUGAAGAAUGGAAGCAGUUCCUACAGAAUGCCAAACAAGAUACGAGACACAUCCCCGAUAACACCACGCUGGUGUCUUGGGAUGACAUGGCGACGGUGGACGAGUGCGGUGGCUGCCACAGAAUGGACCUCAAGAUCCCACUGGCACGGGUCAUGGCCACUCAAUGUGAGCUCGCAGCGUACAAUGGAGCCAUGGAGUUCCCCGAUUGUCAGGGCUCCGAGGCAGCCACCGUCCGAACUUUGUUGGAGUACUACGCUCGUUCCGUCUUGAACCAGAUGGAUCUGUGGAAUGGAGACAAGGCCGACGUCUCGCUGAAAGCGGUUGCUUCCGACGUGGCCAGCGUCAAGUAUUCCAUGAUAGGAGCGGGCGUUGGCGCCGUCUUGUUGGGACCAGCUGGUUAUGUGGCGGGUUGCUACCUCGGAGAUCGUUUCAUCCGCAACUUGGGUUCCAGUUCUUUGACUUGUGGCUUGGCGGGUGCAGCUUUGUUUGGACCGGUGGGGCUGGUGGCGGGCGCCGUGGCAAGCACGGCAGAUGUUGACAAGCCGGUGGAGCGUCGCCAGUCCAAAUCGACCGCUGUGAUUGUCCAAGCUGGGAAAGCGAGUCGAAAAGGUGUGGUUCAAUCCGCCACGGAUCAUGUCAAGGCGAGCAAGUACGAGUACGGAGGGACCACGGGCGUGGUGGCAGGUGCUAUGGUGGGCUUGGCGGUUGCCGGUCCCGUUGGUCUGAUUGCCGGAUCUGUGGCCGGUUCGAUGGGUGGAAGAAAAUUGGUGGAAAAGACGACCACCCCGGUGGCACAAAACGACGGCCAGCAACCACAAGCGGAGGGACAGGGCAACAAGAAACCCUACCAAUUCGGAGACUUCACGAGGGGUGUUCUUGCCCGUGGGAAGCAGGCUCGUCAUGCCAAUUCGGGAGGCGGGUACCGUUUCGGCGACUUCACAAGAGGUUUGAUGAGUCGGAAACAGGCCAGCUAG